UCUAUUUUAGAAAGCUAUUCUAUUAUUCUUUUACUAAAUAAUUUAUGUAAUGGAUUGGUAACUUCCAAGUGUUCCAAGCUUUUUAAAAUAAAUUGUAAGCAAGUUUUUCUCUUCUUAUUCAAGUUGAACCACAGUGACUGUACUCAGUAGCCAAAGCAACAGGUUGAGAAAACGGUACCAAACUUUACUGAUAAUUCAUUCACAGUGAUUUGUAUUGUGGUUUAAUAUCACAAUGUUGAGAGUAAAAUUGGAUGCUUAUCAUGUUUUUUACCCUCUAAAUGAUGUUUGGGGUGGAGGGAAUUGUCAAAAAUUAUUCGCAACUGUACAGGAUGGGUACUUGCACGUGGUAGGUAAUGACACUAUACUCCUCGAAUCUGUGUUUCUUAUUCGCAGACCUUCAAUCAAAAUCGGAGUCAAGAUGGAAGACAAACUAGUAAUCGUGUGCGUUAAAAAUGAAGAUAAAAUGUGCCAGUUCAGUCUCAAGCUACCAGCAAUCAAACAAUUGGUCAUGCUUUUGAAAGCUAUUAAAGUAUUCUAUGAAAAGGAGUUUUUUCUAACAGAAUGAGAGCGGCGAUUUGGAAAUGCGGUGUCCUAGAAUGAGUGUAAAUUCUCAAACCGUUCUGUACUUCAAUCAGUCUCAAUAAAGCUCAUGAAUAUUUGAAGUAAUACA